UAAUUUGAAUUUUUCUUGACCACCAUGAAGUACACCACUCCACUUUUCUUGCUUGCAAUUGCAUCAAUUGCCAAGGCUGCCUCCUCCUCCGAAGCUGCCUCCUCUUCCGCAAAGGCUAGUGUGUCUGAAUCCAAGUCUGCCAGCGCCAGCGCCAGUGGAUCUGCAGGAGCAAAGUCCGAAUCGCACGCCGUUACUUCUUCUUCAUCUCCUUCUUCUUCUGCAAAGGCUGCAUCAGCCACCUCGUCGGCAAAGGCAUCUUCUUCAACAAAGGCAGCCUCGUCCGGUAAGAAAAGUUCAACCUCGUCAAAGAACGAUGCUGCAGGAUUGACCGGAGUUAACGUAGGUGCAUUGGGAAUGAUUGCUGGACUUUUAUUAAUUUGAUCUUUUUGCGACUCAAUUAGUUUUUUUAUAUUUUAUAUAUCAUCCAAUAAUAAACGAGUGUGUGUUACACCUUGAGGUUUUGUGAGGCAUUUGGCUGCAACAUAGAUUUUAUUUUUUUUUCUCGUGUGUCACCAUAAAAUUUUCUAUUGAAUAUGCAUCAGUAGUGGAAAUUGUAUGCGAAUAAUUACUUCUGUUGGGUUUUCGUCACGGCACUAUUACCCAAAUAUACCCAAACUAAAUGCACAUUGAGAAGGCGAAAGUGCUUCACUUCAUUGUUUCAUCAGGCUAGAGUGAAAACGAAAAAUUUCACCAUCCUUCAUUUUACAAGUAGAAUCGAAACAUGCAUGGUCCCGAGAGAAUGCUUUACUCCAGGUUUUAAUCUCAUGAACAAAUGCUUGGCUUAAUUUUGGUUCCCCUCCUGUAAUGGCCCGGUACGGUCCCCCCACA